AUGCUGGGUUUCCAGCACGCUGGGGCAGCCGUUGUGGAUAAGUUCUGCCCAUACUGCGGGCAGUUCACGAUUCAGACGUUGCGUAACGGGCUUUUCCCUGAAGUGCAUGAGGAACUCAGUAUGACCCGCUCCGGUGCCCCCCACUCAGGCGCCCCCCCUGAAGAAGAUGUCGAAGAGGAGCAGCAGCGGCGGAAGCAGAAGACCCCAUGGAGACCCAGCCAUCGAACCACCCCCUGGGCGGACGAUGAAGCAGAUUGUACUCCUAGUCCCCCUGUCAGGGAGGAGCGUCACGAUGAUGACCGACGCCUCCCUGCAGGGUUGGGGUGCAGUGUGAAACGGGCACGCAGUGUCGGGUCGAUGGACGGGAUCCCGCCUGUGUUGGCAUAUCUACUGCGCCAGAACUACAGUGACCACAAUGUUGCCACUCAAGCCUGGAGAUCUUUUUUCUUGAAGUGGAUGUGUAUGAAUCUUGACAAUGUCUCCCGAUAAAGCCUCUCUUGGUUCCAAGAGCUAAAGAAAGAAAAUAGUACAUUUUCAAAAAACAAAGAGUAAAUUAAACAGCUGGACCAACAAAUCUCCAGUAGUUCCUCAAAGCACUUUUUGUGUGAAAUGGGACAACUUUAAGAAGCUGUGGUGUCACUUCCAGAAAAUGUAGAAUCACAUAAACAAAUGCUUCACUUACCCAGAUUAUGUGCUGAGCUGAUGUUGGAUGGCUUCCCUUUGGAGCUGGUUGAAGGAGAUGCAUCGAAUAUUCCUCUCAGAUGGGUAAAUGAUGUGCUUCAGCAUUUAAACUCUUUGGUGCAGCCAAAUAAUAAAGUCAUGAUGGUAAAAGUUUUAGGAGUCCAGAGCACCAGAAAGUCCACUUUGCUGAACACUGUGUUUGGAUGCACCAGAGGAACUUUAAUGCAACUGAUCAAGGUCACAGAAGAUAUCAGAGGUGAACUUGACUGUGAUUAUUUAGUCAUAAUUGACCAAGGGUUGGCAAAAUUAGAUGAUAGUCACCCUGAAUAAGCCACCCUUGUUGUUGAGCUGAGUGAUAUCACAAUUAUCAAUAUUGUCAUGGAGAACUGCACAGAAAUGUAGGAAAUUCUGCAGAUUGUUGCCCAUGCUUUCCUCAGGACGAAGGAAAUAGUCAAAAUAAUUGUCCACCAAAAUGUUGCCGAUGUAUCACCACAUGAUAAGAACAUGAGAGAUCUGAAUGUCAAGACAUAGGCAGCAGCUAAAGCAGAGAGCAAGUAUAAAACUUUUAGUGAUGUGAUGGAGUACGAUCGAGACACUGGCAACUGGUACAUACCCGGACUCUGGCAUGGUAAUCCUCCAAUGGCACAAGUGAAUGCUGGCUACUCUGAGGCUGUCUAUGACCUUUAAAAGAAAAUGAUUGCUUUGAUUAAGAAACAGAAAACACAAAUCACAAGAUAGAACAUAACUGAGUUUUUGUAGUGGACAAAAAGCUUGUGGAAUUCAGUGAAAUAUUAAAUGUUCAUAUUUAGCUUCAGAAAUAGCUUGGUGGCGGAUACAUACAUGAGAUAUGUUAAAUGGGAAUGGUCGUUCAAGAAGCACAUGCACUCUUGGUUAACUCGAGCUGAAGCUAGGGUGUCAAACUUUGAGAUGAUGAAACUGAAAUCAGACAAGUCAGACCUUCAAGACCUGUUACACAGACUGAAACCAGAAGCUGUCAGACACACUGAAAAAGUCACUAUGGAAAACCUUUCCAAAUACUUUGAACAAACAGAAGGUCAAGUCUAACUUGUGGAAAAAUACAGAGAAGAUUUUGUGAGCAGUGUAAAAUCUCUCAGGAGGGAAAUUCUGAGCUCUCUGUGA